CAUCGACUCGACAUCCACACCCCACACAUCACAAUGUUCGGUCCCUUUCGCCUCACAAACCCGCUCUCUGGCGGCCUCCUCUGGAAAAUACCAUGGCGCCUCUCUCGUCACCAAAAAUACCGGCACCGCGAGCGGUUGCGAAAAGUCGACGGCAUUGUAGCUACCUUGGACGCCGCGCUAGCACGCCACGGACAGACGAUGCGGAAGGUGGAGAGGUGGAAGGAGGAGAUGCCGACGGAGGCCGAGAUGCUGCCCAAGGAUAAAUAUACGGUUUUCGAUCGCAAGGUGAAGAGGUAUAGGAAGGGGAUUCACAAGGUACCGAAAUGGACGAGAGUCAGCCAGCGACUCAACCCACCUGGAUUUUAAGGGCGACGGCAACUUGGCCGACGACAGCAACGUAGGGGGAGAUACCAACAUCUGUAUAUUAUGGCGUGUAUUGCAAUUCAGGCUAGUAACAUAGAGGAGACACAGUUUCCUGCAAGGAUAGCAGUCUAUCUACAAAAUAACUGUUAAACAAUGAAACUCUAG